AAAAAAUCAGGCCGGGGACGGGCGGAACCGGGGAGGAAAGGCGGGGGGCGGCCGCCGCUCGCCACCCACCUAACCUGCACCCAUCCCGAUCCGACACGGCACACCGCCACGCCGCGCGGCUGCGGCUGCGGAGGCGGGGGCGCCCGCGCCCACCGCGGCACGGGCUCCGCACGAUGCGGCGCCGUGUGACCGGGUGCCAUCACGCCCCCUCCGGCCCUCCUCCCCCCCUUCCCCCCUCACGGCCGCACCCGUCCGCCGCGCGCCGCGAGGGUACGCGACAAACCCCGCAAAACCACCGCACCGCUCCGCCCGCCCACGCGGCCGCAGCGGUGGGCGAUGAUGCCCUCCCCAGCCGGUCAUUUCACCGCGAGGGCGCGGCCCACGCCCAGCGGCCCACCACCGCACCGCCUCCUCCGCCUCCUCCUUUUAUGACCGGCUCCCCUCCUCCGCCUCCGUUCCCCAUCUCCUCCACCACCAAACCCUAGCCGCCUCCCUUCGCCGCCGCCGUCGCCGUCGCCGCUGACCGGUCAUGUCUUCCUCGUCCUCCGACGCGGCCAGGGACGAUGUCUCCUCCCCGGACCUCCCUCCUCUAGCCGCGCCCGUCGCCGCCGCAGCCGCUGCGGCCGCGGCCGCGGCCUCCUCGAUGGGAGGCAUGGGGCUCGGCGGCGGGGCCUCCGGGCGGAGGCUGCCGCCGCCGUGCUGGACGCACGAGGAGACCCUCGCGCUCAUCGAGGCGUACCGCGACAGGUGGGAGGCGCUGCGCAAGGGCAACCUGCGGGCCGCGGACUGGGACGACGUCGCCAACGCCGUCACCGCGCGCUGCGGGCGGUUCCCCACCGCCACGCCCAAGUCCGGCGUGCAGUGCCGUCACAAGAUCGAGAAGCUCCGGAAGCGGUACCGCGCCGAGCGGUCGCGCUCCGCCGGCCGGUCCAAGGGGCCCAAGUGGCCGUUCUUCCCACUCCUCCACGACCUCGCCGGCGGCGGCGUGCCGGACCCGAGCCCCAACGCCAUCGUCAAGAUCAAGACCAAGGGCCCCGUGCCGCCGGCGUCCACGCCUUCCCCCGUGUCCUCCCCUUCCUCCGAGGAGGCCGUGCGGAGCAGGAGCCUGCACGGGCUCAUCUCCAACGGCGGGGCCGGGAGCGGGCUGCGCUUCACCAUCCCCAAGGCCUCCCGCUCCAGACCCGCCGCGGUGGCUGCUUUCAAUCCGGAGAGGAACCACGGAGAGGACGACGCCGAGUCAGAGGCCAUGGCCGAGGUGGCCGACGCGCUGCGGGCCGUCGGAGAGAGGUUCCUGCGGAUGGAGGAGCGCAGGCUGGAGCUGUCCCUCCAGAUGGAGAAGGAACGGAUGGAAUCUGAGAUGAAGCGCACCCAGACGAUGCUCGACGCGCAGCAGCUCUUCCUCGAGGCCUUCCUCGGCAAGCAGCAACAGCACAAGAAGGCGAGGCUCUCCCCAGCCUCCAGGGCUAUGGAAGAGGAUUGAUGACAGACAGCUGCUCCGCUUCUGCUCUGUGGACAAUGUGUUUAUGCUUACUUGCUCCGGUGUUAACUGCUGUUCAUGCUAGUAGUUUUUGGUAGUUGUUGACUUGUGAUGUUAUCAGUAGCGGUUUACUCUUCUUGUGUAUGGAUGGUGAAUUGAACUCAACAAGGGGUUUGGGGCAAAGGAUGUAUGUGUAGGAUAUGGAUAAGGAGGGAAGGAGGAGGUUUGAAUCAGAAUUUAAAAGUCUCAGUUGUAAUCAGUGAACCACUUGUUAUAUAAGUUAUGAUGAGCUGCCGGUGUUAUGUUGAAACGCUGCAAGCUUGUUCAGAUGUCA